AUGUCCGUCCUCAAUGCAAUACCGUUCAUGAAACCAAUCCACAUUCGGUCACCUCGCCAGCAGAGACGCCACACACUGCCAGCCAGCGAAUUCCGAUGCCUUUCUCCAGAAGAUGCAGUCAGUGUUUUUGAAAUUGAGAGAGAAGCCUUUAUAUCUGUGUCUGGGGAAUGCCCCCUCCAUCUGGAUGAAGUCCGACACUUCCUGACACUGUGCCCGGAGUUGUCAUUGGGAUGGUUUGAAGAAGGGAGGCUCGUGGCAUUUAUCAUCGGGUCCUUAUGGGAUCAGGACAAACUCAGUCAGGAUGCCCUCACCCUGCACAAGCCCCAUGGCUCUUCGGUCCACAUUCACGUCCUGGCUGUACAUCGCACAUUCCGGCAACAAGGCAAGGGAUCCAUCCUCCUGUGGCGUUACCUGCAGUACCUGCGCUGUCUGCCUUUUGCACGGCGGGCCGUGCUCAUGUGUGAAGAUUUUUUGGUUCCCUUCUACUCCAAAUGUGGCUUCAAAGCUGUGGGGCCCUGUGACAUCACCGUCGGCCCGCUGACUUUCAUUGAGAUGCAGUGUCCGGUUAGAGGGCACGCCUUUAUGCGCAGAAAUAGUGGAUGCUAG